AAGAAGAAAUGACGUGCGACACGCAGGACCACAAGGCGGUGCGUCGUGCCGAUAGUGGGUCAUAUCCUGCGAGCAGUGACACCGUUCGUGAAAGGCGGCAAAUGAAAAUGCACGUCAGACAAUAGCAGAAGUGCAACGGCUCCUCUUUCCCAGUGACCUCCCCAAAAAUGUCGGACACCGAAGACAUAGACGUUAACCUGCUGUCGGAGCUUCUGGAGAUGGCUGAAAAAGAUGACGUAAACCCUGUCUCUUCCAGCAAAGCUCCUCCACCCGAAAAAGGGCCUGCACAGGAGCAGUCGUUUGAUUCAUUCCUUGAAGACCUGGACAAGAUACCCGUCAGUACAUCUUCUAAGGGCAAGCUCAGUGACAAGACGGGCCAGUUCAACAACCAAGAUCCACCGAAGAAAGCUGUCAAGGGAAAGGGCAACAGGGGCUGCUCCCUCCACUCGGGGGACACAGACUCUUCGGAUGAUGAAGAGGCCAGGAAACAUGGGAGCACUGUUGACAAUUUUGGGGCAAGUGUUAAAAGGAUGCUCAAGACUGCGGAGGAAGAGAAGAGAACUGCUCCUCGUUUGACAGAAGGCAAGAGCCUCUUCUCUCAAAUGCCCUCAUGGAAGUCACCAGCAGCAGCAGUAGCCAAAGGUUCUAGAACGCUUAGUCUUCCAGAUAAAAAGAACAAGACUGGGCCGAUGGAUGCAUACACUGACUCUUCUAUUGGUAUCAGGAUCAUCAACCCUCUAGUGUCUUCUAGUGUCAUCAAAGAAAGACUAGUUGGGAGAAAAGUUAUAUCAAUGAGUCAAGUAAAACAAUUUACCUCUGACGGGAAAAUCACUGAUGACUGGGUAAUUUUUGGAGUAAUCAUUUCGAAGGCUCCGCCAAGAACCUCGGCUAAAGGCUCCAAUUACAGUAUCAUAAAAUUGAGUGACCUCAGAGGACCUGGAAAUCCAAGAAUAGUGUCCUUAUUUUUGUUUUCCAGUGCUUUUAAAAACCACGGCAAAGAUUCUGUCGGUACCGUCUUGGGGAUUUUAAAUCCUGGUGUGAUGGACAACAGCAGAAACCAUGGUGAUGAAGCAUGUUUAUCCGUUGAUAAUUCUGACAGAGUUAUGAUCUUGGGUACUUCCAAAGAUUUUGGACUUUGCAAAUCUAAAAAGAAGAAUGGAGAGAAUUGUACUUCGGUUGUGAACACAGCACUUUGUGAAUACUGUGUUUAUCAUGUUAAACAAGAGUAUCAAAAAUGCUCAAGAAGAUCUGAGCUGCAGUCCACCUUUAAUGGUCCAGGUUUAGCAAAUCUUAGAAAUAAAGUGCUGGGUAAAAACGAGGUAUUCUAUGGAGGUCAAAGCUUCUCUGCUAUUCCUGCCAAAAAAAGUAAAAAACUCAUGGAUAGAGACCAGAACAGACUCUCUGUUCUCUCAGGUAGAUCAAGCGGUCCAUCAUUGCUGGGCAUGAAAUCCCACGCAAAGACUGGCAUUGCAUCCUCUGUAGAAUUGAGCCAUCGCCAAUCUCAGAAAGAUGUAGAUCGUUUGCGGAAACUUAUUUUGGAUGAUGGUAAAGCCCUAUCCAAGCCAACAAGCAGUUCUAUUGUGACAGCCAAAUAUAAUCCUGAUGAGGUGAAACCAGAUGAUGCCAAGAGUGCUGCUUUGGCUUUGAUUGCCAAGAAAACAAGUAGCAAUGCUCCAAGUGUGGCAGAGCCAGACAACAAUCCCUCAUCAUCAUCAUCUGUCAUGAAGGAUGCAGCUGUCAUGACUGAAAGUGUGCCUCAAUCACGAGGAGUCAUGGCCACUUUGGCUCUCAACAAAAAGAGACAAAGUACUGGUGACUUCAAAGCCUCCUCUCUUGGAUUGGGAAGAUCUGCAUCAAGUGACGAAGCUACCUCAAGGAGAAAAGAAACUGACAGUGCUGCUGUUAUUCCACCUAAGAAAGAAAAAGAAACUAGUAGUGCUGCUGUCAUUCCAUCUAAGAAAGAGAAAGAAACUAAUAGUGCUGCUAUUGUUCCACCCAAGAAAGAAGAUAAAUGUAAGACUGGGGAAUCUGCCACCUCUGAGAGUAAUAUCAAGCCCAAUCCAAAAUCUUGUUCAAAGUUGACAAGCAACAAAAGGUCGAACAACAAACCUACCACUGCCCCUUUGAGCUCAGAUCAACUGUUGAAAAUAGCAUCUAAUGGAGUGGAUUUGGAAAGUCGAAUGCUGAAACAGGCCGCCCAAAAAGCAGCGUUGGAGGAGGAAGCAGCAAAACUCUGCCCAAAUGCUACUCCAUCCAUGCUCGGGCUGGGUCGCAGUUCUGCCCCAGUCAGGCCCAAGGUUGACUUGACUAGUUUCACAGAUUCAUCGCCUAAGCUUGGCAGGGGCUUGUCUUCAUUUUCAAGUAUUGAUCUUGAUGCUCCAAUUAGCAAGAAAAUUUCGCAGGCUGCUAAACUGAAUGCUAUUAAUCUUAUCAAACGUAAAGGAGGUAUAUCAAAGGAAGAUCCUAAUUUCCGAGAGUUUGGAUCCAGAAAAAAAGUUGCCAAGGAAGCAGAGUUAGCUAAGCGACCACGUGAUGAAAAAACUAGUCCUACAACAAACUUACUCAAGAAAUUCAAAGCAGAUUUUCAAGAAUUGGACAAAGACAAGGAAGCCGAAGCUAGGAAGGCAAGAUUUAAGGAACUCAUGGAGGCAACAUCUAGGCAUGCUGACCUUGUAGAUGCUGCUGAAGAUGAAGCACAGGAGAAGUAUUUUGGAAAACUAGAGAAAAAGGAACAAAUGGAAGAAAAAAUGUUGAACACAUUCAGGGUUGAGUGUAAGGCUGUUCGUUGUUCUACCUGCAAAUAUACAGCAUUCUCAGCCUCAGAACUCUGUAAAACUGAACGCCAUCCACUGAAAGUUAUUGAUGCUACAAAGCGAUUCUUCAAAUGUGGUGACUGUGGUAAUAGAACAGUCUGUCUCACAUUGAUUCCUGUUGUAACUUGCUCCAACUGCAGUGGAUCCCGCUGGGAGAAAGCUGCUAUGAUCCGUGAAAGGAAAGUGGGACUAACUCAAGAAGUUUUAUCAGUUCGCGGGAUGGAAGAAACAUAUAUUGGCACUGUAACAACAGGAGCCAAUGUUAAUCUUCUUGUGCCAGACGAAGGUACUUAAGUUUUUAAGCUUUUACAAAUGCCUACAAAAAUGUAGAACUAGUUUAUUUAUUUUUUUAAAUUAUAUUUUUAACUAUUUAGUGACCUAUUGUAAGACUUUCAGAUUAUGAGACAUGGAAUGAGACUGCCGUACUGUAUAGAUGUAUGAGGUAUUUGAUGUCUUGUCUUCUACAUUCAGAAUGUUAAUAAUACUUUACCAGAAUCUUUGUGACUAAGUAGGUUCUUAUUCCUCAAACUAUGUCUGUGAUAACUGGUGGCAAUUGUUGUGUCAGAAGUAAACUAUGGCAUCAUGACAUGACAUCAUGACAAAUUUCCCUGUAUUUGUACAUUUUAAGGGUCAACCAGGUUGUGAAAAUAGUACUCUGCAUCAAACAAACAUCUAUUUUAAUCACGAGAGGAGACAAUAAAUUUUAUUUACAUCUUUUA